AUGGAUCAAAGAGAUGGAGGGGAUUUCCCUCCGAAUAAGCCGACGACGUCGCAACUGGAAGCGUCUUCCGCGGUGCCAGCGGAUUUUCCGGCGAGGAAGCUUGUAAGGCAGCUGGAUUUUACUGGUUCUGCAGCCACUACAUUGAGUGUGGAACAUCCGCAGGUGGGGAAGCCACAGUUUGGAAAGCUGUCCCAGGCGCAAAAGCUACCACAUCUUCAGCAGCCACAAAUGGUUUUUAUGGCGAUGCAACAGCCGCCUCUGCAGCCAGCUGUGGCAUCUCCUCAUCCAUCCGUACACUCUCUUGUGAAACCUGUAUCCCCAAGAACUCGGCCUAGACAAAGUGUGAAUGAAGUCAAAGAUGGUACACCAAAGAAGCAAAAGCAAUGCAACUGCAAGCAUUCACGUUGUCUGAAGCUGUACUGUGAAUGCUUUGCAUCUGGAAUCUAUUGUGAUGGUUGCAACUGUGUGAACUGUCAUAAUAAUGUCGAAAAUGAAGCUGCCAGACGAGAAGCAGUUGAGGUUACUCUGGAGCGUAAUCCAAAUGCUUUUAGGCCAAAAAUUGCUAGCAGUCCACAUGGAGCUCAGGAUCACAGGGAAGAUGCUAGUGAAGUUUUAGUUUCCGGAAAGCAUAACAAAGGUUGUCACUGUAAGAAGUCAGGAUGCCUUAAGAAGUACUGUGAGUGCUUCCAAGCAAAUAUUCUUUGUUCUGAGAACUGUAAAUGCAUGGACUGCAAAAAUUAUGAAGGAAGUGAAGAGAGACAGGCUCUCUUUCAUGGAGAUCAUGCCAAUAACAUUGUCCAUAUCCAGCAGGCAGCAAAUGCUGCCAUCACAGGUGCUAUUGGAUCUUCUGGUUUUGGGUCUCCCCCAUUGAAUAAGAAAAGAAAAGGUCAAGAGAUCUUCUUUAGGUCAGCAGCUAAGGAUCCUGCACACCGGCUUGUACAGUUACAACAGGCUAAUGAAGUCAACACUUCUGUACCUUCUUCCUCUUCAUUCUCUUUAUCUCCUGGUGCUCGCCCUGGUAAUACAUCAGUCAUGAGCCAUUCAAAGUUUACCUACAGGUCUCUUUUAGCUGAUAUCAUUCAGCCCCAGGAUUUGAAGGAGUUGUGCUCAGUGCUCGUUGUAUAUUCAGGAGAAGCUGCUAUGAUGCUCUCAGAUAAACGAGCAGAAGAUUCCAGGGAAGCCCCACUGGUUUCAUCAAAUCAACAUCUGUGUCAAUCUCAGAAGCAUCCAGUAGCUGGGCCCGAGAAAGCUCUGGCAGACCCUUCAAAUCAAAGUCAAAGUGAUGCCAAGCCCAAAGAGUCUGGUUCAAAUGGACCUGAUGCAUCAAAAGAAAGGCCAAUGUCUCCUGGUACAUUAGCUCUCAUGUGUGAUGAAGAAGGUACAAUGUUCACUUCUGCUGCUUCCUCCAGUAGGUUAAUGGCCGAUGAUCAUGUAUCUUCCCAGUUGCGGGAAGAGCAAGGUUUGACAGAGUUGUAUGCUGAGCAAGAAGGAAUUGUUUUGACAAAGUUCCGAGAUUGUCUCAACAGGCUCAUCACAUUAGGAGAGAUAAAAGAAACGAAAUAUUCUGCCAUGGCACGAGCACAAUCUGGUAACAAGCACCUUACAACCACCUGCAGCAGUUCAGAUGCGAAAUGUGAAACUUCGAAUCAACUGCCUGUAACCAAUGGUGGUUUCAAUAAACUUGUUGGUGCUCCACAAAUAAAUUCUCCAGUGGAUACCAAAGCAUGUGGUGUCGUUAAUAGUCUGCCCCAUCAGAGAAUAACGUCUUACACAAAUGGAGAUGCCUAUUGUCAGCCUGGUGUUGUCGAGACUCUUGUGACUGCGACAGUAUCGCGCGCAAGGGCUGAGGUGACUGUGAGAAUCUCGCGCACCCGCACGUGCGCUCUCCACAUUUGUGCGUCUGUCUACGCACUGCACGCCCGCCUGCGCGCGGCUGGGCCCGUGCACGGGCAUCUCCACAACCACACGCGGUUGCGCCUGGCUGUGCGCGGAAGUCCACAGCUGGGUGUGCGGCUGGUCCCUCCAAGGUCGCCGGUGGUCCCCAAGCUUUCAGAAACUUCGUCGAUUGUUAUUGGAUGA